AUGACCUCACUCAAAAAACCCCCAAGAAAGGCUACAAGAACAAAAGAAGGUAUUCUUGUUAAAUUCAAAUCAGAGACUCCAAUAGUUCCAAAGGUAUCCAAGCUCUCAAGACUAUCAAUCCUAGUGGAUGACUCUGGUUUGGUAUCUAGCAAACCUCCUUCGUGGGAAGAAAAUCUUACUCUUCUGCUUCCCAGAGUUUCAACAGUUUCCCGAACACCUAUUAUGCUUGAGAAUAGAAAUGAUAAUACACUUGUACAUGUAAAGUCUAGCUUUGAUUUUACAGCCUAUAUUGGAACAACUGCUCGAAUAGCUGGAGAUUUAGAAGGAAAUGUUAACUUUAUCACUACUUGCUUUGGUUUAUCAGCUGAUCAUAUUGUUGGAAGAGCACAAAAAGUUGACUUUCAAACUGGUUUGUUCAGGUCUAGGCAAAUACUCACUCGUGAAACAAGAGAUUUAAAUAAGGAGUAUUCGCAGGUUGAUUUAGCACUGGUUUGUGUGCCUCCUGAAUUGGUAGGAAACAUUGUUGUGCCCAAGUUGCCAAAGAAACUUGCAACAUGUCCAUAUAAUUGUGCUGUAAUUGGAGGUGUACCUUCUUGUGUCAUGGACUUGUUUGUUACUGAAAGUGUUGUCAAAAGAAUUAUGGAAAAUGGAGAAGUUGUAUUGAUUGAAGAUGAGAAGGAAGCUGUAAUCAGUGAAGUGUCUAGUAAGCUCCAAGGUGUAUUGUCUGGUCAUAGUGAAAUGAUAGCCUCUUUUGGAGAAACAACUCUCUCGAAUACAGGAAAACAGCAACAUGGCUGUGCAACAGUUGGCCUUUCUGGAAGUAUGGUUAGAUUUGUUGAGGAAGGAGAAAUACUAUCGCUUCCUGGAGAUGAUCAGUAUAGUAACAUUUCUGAGAGUUUGUUGAGUAAGGAAAAAACUGGGUAUUUUCAUGGAAUUCAUGUUGAUUGUUUGAAAAAUGGUAGUAAUUUAGAGAUUAGUUGCCACACGACAAGGUGUGCAAAGUUCAUUUAUUUAUAUUGCUAUGCAAUUAUUCAUACAGUGAGAAAUAAUAGAUCCUUGUUCUUCACCUCAAAUCAGUAUGAAGCCUCUCUAGCAUAUCUCAAUGACGCAAAGCAAAUAGUAGAACUUGAAAUUAAAGAAUUAAGAGAACUUGUAGAGAAGACACUCUUGGUUGUAAAUAAGCAAUUGUUAGAAUUUAAUACUAAGCCCAUAAAUGUUCAAAACCAAGAUGCACAAUAUUAA